UAAUGUUAUUAGCUCGUAACGUUUGACAUAACACGGUGCAGUGCAGCCGUGCAUGGCACAUGUAAAUAAACGAUACUAAUAGUGUAAUGUGCAUGCGGGGUGUGGGUCGUGCACAUGUACCUGUGUACUACGGUCACUUAACACCACAGAAUAGCAUUAGCAGCACUGAAAAAAAGUGUCAUCGAUUGUCAUUGUAGAUAUUCAGCUCAUGUACGAUAGGUCUGGAAGGACUGAGUGCGAAAAGAUGGUGCACAUUUGGAGACAAGCAAUGCUGAGCUGCCUCGCUGUGCUUACGAUGUGCCUGUACUGUUGCAAGGAUGUCUUGAGCAUUGAUUGCAACAGGACCAUAACCAUCACCUCGUCCAACAGAAAGGGUCUGUUCUCCUCCUACCUGUUCCCUUCCUCUUACCCCAAGCUGCCCGAGGCCUACUCCUGCUGGUUGACCCUCAUCCCGGAUGACCCCAGCAAGUACAUCCAGCUCAUGUUUGAAGAUUUCCACCUUAGCAGCGAGUACGUGCACCAUGAAGAAUGCGACGCCGACCAGUUUGACUACUUGGCUAUAUACUCUGACUCCACAGUGGCUAGGUACUGCGGCUGCCGUAGACCAGACAUGUUGAUUCAUGACGGUGGGGAAGUCAGGCUGGAGCUGCACGUCAGGCCCGCUCGCAUCGAGGAGUCGGAAUUCAGGGGAUUUCAGGCCCGAUUCCUGUACCUCACCGCCACGGAGUACGUGAAUCUCGGCGACGUCUAUUUGUACUCUGCAAAACCAGAUAUUAGCAAUGGCUAUGGGACUGUGGAUGUUUCCAUUCAACCCUUGCCGGCAGCUGUCACUGCCAGAGUUAUAGAUGGCCUCUACUACAUAGAAGCAGCCCCUGAAAUGAAAAUCUACCUUAAAGCAUACAUUCAUAAUGCCGAUCCCAACAGCGGCCCGAUUGAGGUAAGAGAUGGACUGACAUCCCUGUCCCCCCUCUUGUACAACGGCACCCUGGAGCAGCAGACAGAGGUCACCUCCACCCAGUCGUGUCUCUACAUCCGCUGGCGUGGGACCAUACGAGACACCACGCUCACCUUGGAUAUGGCGUUCACUGCCUUCAAAGAGCCAAGUUCACCGGGUGAAUGCACUGUUGGGAACUUGUAUUUCUACUGCAAGAACCACCGUUGUAUAAGGAGUACACUGACAUGUGAUAACAUUGACAACUGUGGUGAUGGGUCGGAUGAGGCACGGAACAGUUUCAGUGAUGUCUGUCAUGAAGAUGUCUGUAACCCCUCUCCCUGCCUCAAUGGUGGGUUUUGCAGCGCACCAGGGCCUUCCUGCAGGUGCCCCUAUGGGACCUAUGGCGAGUUCUGCCAAUUCACGAACAUGGACUGCUCGUCCAUGCCAUGUCAGAAUGGAGGAACAUGUGAGCCCAGGUCUGAUGGGCCCGGCUUCAUUUGCUUUUGCCAGGGAAAUUACCUGCAGCCAUUCUGCCAAGAAAGCACUCCUUGCCGGCCGGGUGACUGUAAAGAAGGGAGCUGCAUCGAUGGAGUGUGCAAAUGCCCAGAAAGAUAUUACGGCAACCGCUGUGAAUUCAUUGACAACUCCACCAACACCGACUACACGGACCUGCAGCACACCAGCAUCAUGAUCGGUGCAUUUGUGGGCGCCGUCUGCCUCCUGUCCGUCUGCUGGCUCAUAGCGAUGGCUCGCAAGCGGCAGUCCGACGAGCCCACCGGCCGAGUUCAGCGAAUAGUCAGUGUGCACAGCAGAGAUGAAAGAGGGAUGCGUCCGUCAGUGACGGCUGCCGGGGCCAUUGACCUACCACCAAACUACUCUGACUGCGUGUUUGACGAAUCCGACACCAUGCCUGCUGGUAAGCGGAGCACCGUGCCCGCUGUAAUCACAGAGGAAAAUGAAGAUGAACCCGACGGGGAAGUGUUUGCCACGGAGGAAGGGGAAGGCCCGCCCAUGAGCCCACCCCCGACCUACGAGUCUGUGGCGCUGAGCGAAGACGAAGACGGUAUCACAUUUGAGGUCCAAAGCUUACCAGACGUCGUCAGCCAAGACAGACUUCCUCACAGACAGACUUCACAGAUUGACACAGUCGUCUGACCCCAGUAAGGCUUUUUUUAGUUGUAAAUGGAGAUGUAACUUUACUUUGGCUGUUAACAAGAUACAGGUUUUGAUGGAUGGGCGUUACUCCCUUUAUAAGAUUUUCUUUUUUUUUGCUUCCUGAGUUGUAACCCUUUGUCUUGAUUGUAGAAAAUGUGAAAUACCUCCCUGUUGUAAUGUGUACAGAUUAUGUUGGCAAAGAAGUCAAUGUAUACAUUGAAACUGAAGGCGGAGGAGAUUUUGUAACAUUUUUACUGAUGCCUUCAAUUGUUUUGAUAUUGUCACCAUAUUUGAACAAGUUGUACCGUAAAUAGAUUUCAGUUACUGCGAUUGACUCGUAAAGUUUUCCCUAACCUGCUUGUUUUGUUCAGUGUGAGAAAUCCUUGAUAUGUGGUAUAAUAAUCCACAUGACAUGGAGUACUGUGCUUUGACCCUAACCAUGCUGAACCCAACAAGGUUAUGCAUUAAGUUGGGCUCAUUCUUCUCCUGUUUGUUGAUGUAAUCCUUCCUUUCACACAUAGAUGACCCUGGAGUUGGCCAAGUGAGGUCAGUCACAUGUAAUGAGAUGGGCCACCUCAAGUAAUACAGGCGAUACACAAUGUAGAGUGCCAUCAAGAUGUUGCCAUGGAGAGGCCGUUUUGUUUUUUUCAAGAUUAUGGUUGGCAAAAACAUGGGUGACUUACCGCAACUUGCAUGAAGAGCAUAUAGACAAAUAGUUUGAUAGUUAAGGGUAUUCCUUCUAAGAGAAAGAAGAAAGAAGUUGUAAACCAUUUUCCACAAUGCACUGCGAAAAACGGCCUCUUUUUGGCAACCUCUAGGUGGCGCAUUGUACCACGAAUCAAUCUGUCAAUUUCCAUUGAUCUCCCAGCCAACGUUUGAGGUCAGCAUUGGACAAGUCCAUGUACUUUACCUUUGAAAUAAAUGUCAGAGAGUGGCCCCAUUGUAAACAGAAUGAACUUUUCCAAUCAGCCCUAAUGUUAUCUAAUUGCAUUUUUGACACUAACCAGAUAUCAAACAAACAUGUCAGAAGGGGUAAUUACUGUCUGGUGACAUAGGCACUGUGGCAUGUGAAUAUGUGGUGGUGUACAGCUUCAUUAGCACCCAAUGUGUUUGUAUUGACUGCUGAUGUUUAUUAAGAGACCAUUCCUGAUGGGUCAUCUUGAAAUCUUAGCUGUUCAUUUCUGAAAGGGAAACUUGAACAUUCCCGUUCUUUGGUCUCCUAUUGCUCAGUUCUACAAUUCCACUCAUUCAUAAAUGUCCACCUUGCAAAUUACAAUAUUGUUUUGAAAUUAGAGGAACCUUCAUCAAAACUACAGACCAACCAUUUUCAAGCUAACCCCGCAUGUACCUUUAAGCCCAAAAUUAUUCACACCCUUGGAAAAAAAAUGUGGCAGUUUUUUUUGUUAGAACAUUUAAACCAGACUGAUGGUCAACCCAGGCACACAAAAACAGCAUCUCCAUUGCAGAAGCUCACCUGGGCACAGAUCUAAGCUUUCAGUUGCUACGUCUAUGGUUAUUUGCUUGUAAGUUCUAUGUUACAGUACCUAAAUUUGGAAUGAGUAGGAAUAAGGUUGGGCUAAAGUGGAUAUGUUGAUUGUAGCCACUGCUCUCAUAGGAGGAUUUUAUCUUCUAGCAAGGAAUUUGAAAAGACAAAAUUAUAAGGACAUGUGUUCCCACAUUAGUGUAGUUACGUUUCAGGAAAAAAAAAACCAACAGACACAGUUAGCAUAGUAUAAACGUUUUAACUACAUGGAGUAACAGCUACUUGUGAAUAGGUGGUCCGUCAUGAAUGAAUUUGCAUAGUGUGCCAAUGGACCAAAACAUUUGAUCCUUCUUAUUCAGUGUCCCAUUUCCUGUACCCUGACUUGCAGUAUUUGUGAAAUAUGGGCUGGUUUAUUGAUUGAAAUGCCAUGUUUUUGUCUGAUCUGUGAUGGUGUUUCUGAGGUUGGCGCUUUUCAGUGUUGUGAUUUGGGUGUCAGUUUUUUUAUACCAUUGUCGAUUGUUUUUGUAAAUUUUGAUAUCUUGUGGACAAUUUUGUAAAGCACCAUUGAGGCUAAGAAGUCAGUUUGGAUUGAUUCACAAUAUUUACUUGAACCGGUAGGUGACAUUCAUUAGGUAGUUUUGUGCACACCGGAGGGUGAACAUGCUGAAGUUUUCACCAAAGCACAAUUCUUCCACGGGCAUAAAGGGCCUUUGAAGGGUAUUUUGGACCAAAACAAUCACCAUUCCACCAGUCGAGUUUACCGUUCUAAAUAAGGGAGAUGACUUGUCAACAUGGGCAGAUCGGCAAUAAUGCCUUCAGCAGAUUAGUAAUCUGGGAUCGUUCCAACAUUGGAAUAAAAACUCAGUUUGUCGCCCAAGGAUGUACAUGCGACGGUACUGUGUGAUGAUACCAAACUGCAGCACAUUGCAUUGAACAUGUAGGACCCAGCUGCACCUUUGAAAGGAUCUGAUCUCAGGACCUUACAUCUGGAAUUCAAAUGAACUUCAUGUCGUCUGUUAACAUUUAGACACUGAAACAUUGCUAUCGAGGUAGUGGACCUCUGCUUACAUGUACACGUAUAUGUACAUGUGCACGCUUGCUUCUAGCAGGAGGAAAAUUAGUUGCAUGUGCCAGCAGGAUGCCAUACAAAUGGAUCAGAGCAUGUGCAGUAUAUCCUUAUCAACACAGUUACUACACUGUGUCACAACAUGUAAUGUACACUACACACAUGCGUGUGUAUGUGUAACUAAGUCUUACAGUAGCGUAUGUCAUAAAUGUGCUGUAUGAACUCCAUGCAUGAGUGCGCCCUCGCUGUUGACAAUUUUAACACCUUGGCAUAUGGACAUGCGCAAUUAAGCUCCCACUAGGAAUGUUGUUGUAGGAUGACAAAGGCUUCUUCUCUUAAUCACUCAUGGAAGCCACACCCUCUGAUCAAGGAGGGAUUUUUAGCUGCAUUGCAUUCAGGUUAGGCCCACUAGUGUCCAGUGACUUUUUUCAAUCAACGAAGCAUUCUCUGUACAAGUACGAUUUUCAUUUUUCAAACAGCUUAUUUUGGGGGGGAGGGGCCAUUAUUUUUCAUGCUAAGUACAACCAACAGUAAUAGAAAAACAUGCUCUGAGUUCUUUGGCUGAGGCAUAAACAUCCAACAGCAGCCCUUUUCUAUUCAUCCUCCAUUCCUUGCGGGAGAACGUUGUAGAAUUUAUCCACCAUUCUCUUUCCCUAACUAAAAGGCAGCCUCUAUUUUUAUGAAAUGGUUUUUCGAUAAAGGGAAAAGAAUAAUCACUGCGUAGGUUGAUCAAUCGUGCGACCAAAUAUAUUUGCGGGCUUCAAGUGGUUGGAUAUCUUUUUUCCCUCCCUGUAUGCCCCGUGCAGAGUUUUAUAUUUGUAUAAGUUUUAUUUGAUGUAUUUAGGGGUUUUGAUGCUCCACUGCAAGGAAUAUUGUUGAUACAUGUAUAUGUCUGAAUUGUGUACAUAAUGUUUGCAUCUAUUUUGAUAGUAAAAUGUAUAUUUCUGCCAAUUUUCCACACUUAUUAAUUCAAAAAUUGGUCAUAUGAAAGAUACCUUGUUGUUACUAAACACAGCUUGGCCAAUUUUAUAUUUUGCCGAGGAGUCGGUAUUUUUGUAGUUGGGGCCAUACGUGCACUGACUUGUACGUGAGACUGAAAUGUGUUUGAAACAAUUUGGUAUGUUGGCAGCAGGAGGUCUGGUUGGUCUGCUGUAAAAAAUCGAUUGUACUCAUAGUUUGCACGGUUUGUGUUAACGUGCAUUAUCAUUUCACCAGACUGAAUCUUUCAGUAACUUCCACCUGAAAUGGAGACCUUUCCAUUUCCACUAGAUGCAACCUAGCCCCCAAGUGCAAAGUGCCUUUCACACCCAACUCUCCCAGAAAAUCAACCGGGUAAAAAGCAAAGAUCGUAUUUUCGCGGCGCUAUACGAUCUUUGGUAAAAAGCCACCAUUGCUUGACAAGGAGCUAGAUAAGCUUGCUGAAUGAGUAUGAGGAAUAUGCCAUUGGAAGCCUACAGCGAGUAUGAAGGGUAACGACUUAAUGCUGCCUGUGAAUGGAAGCUUAUAAAUGAAGUAGUCCUUUUUACACAUUUCAGUACUUGAUUGUUUUGGUAGCGCAACACGGUCAUUUUCAUUUGAGACUUGGGGCCUUUAAUAAUAAUUUCACCCACCCUCAGCUCAACGGAAGGUGAUGAUGUAUUCCAAGCGAUUAAAUGACCAAAAAUAAAAUUCACUAAAAAGCCUCUGUAGGUUCAUUAAUAAUUCUCGCCGACUUUUUAUUCCAAAUAACAGGAGCAGGAAUCUCGAAUUGUGCAUCACUAGACUUUAUUCACAGAGCGCUUAGCAUUCUGUGAAUGACGGUUACCUCUUGAUCUUGUAUCUUCAGCGUGCAAAAGUUACAGGCAUAUGUGGGUGGCAUUUAGAAUUAUUUCCCAGUAUAAAUUUCCGAAGGGGGACGGCAUUAACGGCGACCCUUCCCUCGAAAAGGAGCCAAAACAGAAUUGUAAUAAUAUGGCCCCCCUCAAAAAAAAUGGUUGUGGAUAUGCCUCAGAGAGCAGGUAUAUAACAGGUGCUACACUGUGUGUUCUUAGGAGAAAUUGUAGCUUGAACCAAAAAUGUAAACAUUAUAAAAUCUGAACCACGUUUAAUUGUUCUCAUGCCUUGGUGGUGAUGUUGACAGUUUCUAUGAAACGAAUUUGAAUUAUGUAUUAUGCUGAUUUUUAUAUUUGUGAAAUGAAAAUAAAAACUCAAAGACAUCAAC